CGCCACCAUCCAUCACCAUUCACGAGCAGCGCAGAGCACCCAGCAAGGAAGCCUCCCGUCCCCUCUCUCUCUACGUCUCCAGGCGCGCGCUCUCUCUUUCUCGGCCUCUCCUCCUCCCGCCGCCGCCGCACCGUGCCUGAGAUUUGGUCCGAGGAGGAGGAGGAGGAGCAGGCGGCGGCGGCGGCUGCGCUGGUCGUUUCUUGGUGGGGGUGGAGGGAGCGCGGGCUUGCUGGCCAUGGUCGACGGGCCCGGGGAUGGAUUGAGGCGCGGGGGGAGGGGAGGCCUGCUCCCUCUUCUUCAGUGACCGAGCGGCCAUGGCGGCGGGCUGGGCUUGGCACAGGAUCAGCUAAUCUGAACAGUCGUUGGUUGCUCUCGGGACGAAUAUUGGUCAUUGGGUGGUGGCAUAUUCUCUGAUGACUUCUCAUGUCUGGUGAUCAUCGAAAGCAAACACAUUCAGUUGGACUUUCCACUGGAAAUCAUUUCCUGUGACAAGCCAUUGCUAGUUUUAGGGCAAAUCUCCUUUGGCGGUGAACAUUUCAGACAGUGACUGUUCUGUAGUUCUUCUGGAAUCUCCCUUGGCACUGAACAUUUCAGACAGUGACUGUUCUGCAGUUCUUCUGGAAUCUCCCUUGGCACUGAACAUUUCAGACAGCGACUGUUCUGUAGUUCUCUGGGCAAAUCUCCUUUGGCGAAACCUACCAGUAGUUCGGGGCAAAUCUCCUUUUGGCAAAACCUACCUAUAGUUCGGCAAAUCUCCUUUGGCAAAUCUACCUAGUUCUUCUGAUCUCCUUCCUUACAUUUUCUUUUGCUUCCAACUAGCUUUAGCUAUAGAUUGCUAUCUUGGCACAUCUCUGCCGGCAACUAGGCUGGGCAAAUCUCCUUUGGCACCAAAUCUUACUGUUUCUUAUUUGCUAUCUGGGCAAAUCUCCUUUGGCGGUUACUGUUACUUUAUCAGGGAUCCUUUGGCAUUAGCACUCAAGUGUGCUGACCUUACACUUGCUGUUCAGAGACGGUUCUUUAGUUUAUUACAUCAUCACAGAACACAGCUUGUUACAAAAAGGGCUUGGAGAGAUGGAUCUGUUUGUAAUUGAUUCAGACAGUGAGUCAUACAGUGGAACGAGUGACAGUGAGGACCAAGAAUGUGAAUUUACAGACCAUGCACAGAGCAUCUUAUCAAGCUUGGACGAGAGCAUCGGCAAGAUUGAUGAUUUCCUUACUUUUGAAAGAGGGUUUCUUCAUGGGGACAUAGUCUGCCCUGUGUCUGACCCCUCAGGUCAGUUGGGCCGCGUUGUUGGGGUUGAAAUGUUUGUGGACUUGGAGACAUACUCUGGUGAUAUAAUAGAAGAUGUCAACAGCAAGCAGCUUUCAAGAGUGAGAUCCUUUGUCUCUGGUGACUGCGUGGUUAUGGGACCAUGGAUGGGGCGGGUGAUCAGGGCAUUUGACCUGGUCACUGUUGUGUUCAGUGAUGGGGCAAAGUGUGAAAUGCUGUUAAGGGACUCUGAGGUACUGAAGCCCAUACCUCCAUUCAUCUUUGAAGAUGCACCUUAUUUUUACUAUCCAAGUCAACGCGUGAGGAUUGUCCAUCCCUCCGUGUCCAAGUCAGGAACAUGGUUGUCUGGAUCAUGGAGGGCCAGUCGAGAUGAAGGUGUUGUGUCUCAUGUUGAUGUGGGGCUGGUGCAUGUGAACUGGAUAACCUCCGUGGCAAAUGUUUGGGGUGAUCGAUCAUCGAGUCCUCCAAACUUUCAGGACCCAAAGAACCUCACUUUGCUGUCAUGCUUCCCUUAUGCUAACUGGCAGUUGGGUGAUUGGUGCACUCUCUCUGCUGGUCAUGAUGGAAGUCUCCCAAGUGAAGACCGUAAGUGUUCUCGAUAUUCUCAAACUUAUGUUGUUGCCAAGACAAAGAGCACUUUUGACGUUCUAUGGCAAAAUGGAAGCAUAUCUCUUGGGCUAGAACCUUAUAUCUUGGCUCCUGUUAGCACCCCCGGUGAUCAUGAUUUUUGGCCAGGGCAAUUUGUCCUGGAGAAAUUGGCAGUAGAGGAGGCUGCUGAACGUCAGCGGAUUGGGAUAGUGAGAAAUGUGGAUGCACUUGAGCGGACUGUAAAUGUAAAAUGGAUUGUUCCAGUGGAUGAUGACAUUGUCAGAUAUGGAAGUGACCCCACUGAGGAGACAGUGAGUGCUUAUGAGCUAGUAGAGCACCCAGAUUUCUCCUUUUGCACUGGGGAAGUCGUUAUCAGAUCAGCUCUGAACAUCGACAAGUCUGAAGCAGAUCUCACCAAUGGAACCAUGACAGUUAGCAGGAAAAGUUUAGAUACCUCCUCCGGCUUCUUGUCAUGCAUUGGCAAUGUUCUUGGGUAUAAGGAUGAUGGAAUUGAAGUGCAAUGGGCUAGUGGUGUGAUAUCCAAGGCGCAGCAUUUUGAAAUAAUUGGAUUAGAAAGACUUCUAGAUAAUUCACUAGAAUCUGUCAAUGAGGUGCAUACUUCUGUCGACGACGAGGCUGAGCAGGAAACAAUCCACCAUGAGAGUACUAAGAAUGCCCUGGAAGAGUCUGGUGAAGACUGCACUGGUUCAUUGCGCAAUGCUUUCUACUUCUCCAAAACAGCUUUUGAUUUUCUGACAAAUGUGGCUUCUAGUUUCUUUGGUGCUCAUGAUUCUACAUCAUCUAGCUCAAUUACUGCAGAUCCUCAGUAUCAAAUUGUGAAGUCAGCAGAUCUACAUUCAUCUGCAGAAGAAUUUUCCGUUGUGGAGUUGGUGAUGCAGACCGAGAAGCCACAGUUACCUUCAGAAAAUGACGUAAAAAUAUUUGAUGUUGUGGUGGACUGUUCUGAUCAUCAUUUUGUGAAGGAACGUGGCCACGAAAAUGUUAAAAGAGGUUGGCUGAAGAAGAUACAACAGGAAUGGACAAUCUUACAAAAUGAUUUACCAGAUGACAUCCAUGUUAGAGUUUAUGAGGAAAGGAUGGACCUUCUGAGGGCUUGCAUUGUUGGGGCAGCUGGAACGCCUUAUCAUGAUAAUUUAUUUUUCUUUGAUAUUUUCUUCCCACCGGAUUAUCCUCAUGAACCACCUUCCGUUCACUAUCACUCCGGAGGCCUCCGCCUCAACCCAAACUUGUACGAAACCGGCAAAGUAUGUCUAAGCCUUCUCAAGACAUGGGCAGGGACUGGUAAUGAGGUGUGGAAUCCGGAGGGCUCGACUGUUCUUCAACUGCUGCUAUCCCUUCAGGCUCUUGUUCUCAACGAGAAGCCUUACUUCAAUGAGGCGGGCUACGACAAAUUUGUGGGGAAAGCUGACGGGGAGAAGAACUCCAUCACGUACAACGAGAAUGCUUUCUUGCUGUCUUGCAAGUCCAUGAUGUACAUUUUGCACAAACCACCAAAGCAUUUUGAAAAGUUCGUCAAGGAGCACUUCACUUGCCGCGCGCCGCACAUCCUGGAAGCCUGCAACGCAUACCUCGGCGGUGAUCUCAUUGGUCAUGCUCGCGACAGCACGUACAUAUCAGAUGAUGGCUGCAAAGGCUGCUCGACCGGAUUCAAGAUCAUGCUCGGCAAGCUACUGCCGAAGCUCGUCGCCGCCUUCUGCGAAGCUGGGAUCGCCUGUGGCCAGUGACUUCAGAGCGGGCACACCUCCUGCAUGGCGAUGGCGGUGACGGCACGCCCACUGCGACACCGGUAUUGUAUAGGUUUUGCAAUAAAAAUGCUGCCUGGCACAUGAUCCUUAUGUUGUGUAAUGGCAUCUUGUAAGAUGGGAAAACUUGUGCAUGAUUGACGCGAUGAACUGAAAGGGUGCCCGAUGAGAGACAGAAGCAGCUGGUGUGUAGUUUGGUUUGUGAAAUUGUGCCGCUGUAGAGUGUGAUGGAAGUAUGUAAAUUUGUGUGUGGGUGUUGAGAAAGUAAGUACCCUGUCUGUAUAGUUGGCAGAGGAGCUAUCUGAUGUGCCUGCAAUAAUACCACAGUGUGAAACACACAUAUUGCUAAAUUACUACUACUUGUACUUUA